GUCAAGGACCAGGACCGCAUCUUCACGAACCUCUACGGCGAGGAGGACUGGCGCCUGGGGGACGCGAAGAAGCGCGGCGACUGGCACAUGACCAAGGACAUCAUGUGGAUGGGCCCGGACUGGAUCGUCCAGGAGAUGAAGGACAGCGGCCUGCGGGGCCGCGGCGGCGCGGGGUUCCCGAGCGGCCUGAAGUGGAGCUUCAUGCCCAAGGCCUCGGACGGCCGGCCGAGCUUCCUCGUCAUCAACGCCGACGAGUCCGAGCCCGGCACGUGCAAGGACCGCGAGAUCAUGCGCAAGGAUCCCCACAAGCUCGUCGAGGGCUGCCUCCUCGCGGGCUACGCGAUGCGCGCGCGCGCGUGCUACAUCUACAUCCGCGGCGAGUACUUCAACGAGGCCAUGGUCAUGGACGAGGCGAUCCACGAGGCCUACACGGCGGGCCUCAUCGGCAAGAACGCGUGCGGGUCCGGCUACGACUUCGACAUGUACCUGCACCGCGGCGCGGGCGCCUACGUCUGCGGCGAGGAGACGGCCUUGAUCGAGUCCCUCGAGGGCAAGCAGGGCAAGCCGCGGCUCAAGCCGCCGUUCCCGGCGAACGUCGGCGUCUUCGGCUGCCCGACGACGGUGACGAACGUCGAGACCAUCGCCGUCGCGCCGACGAUCCUCCGCCGCGGCGCGUCCUGGUUCACGGGCUUCGGGCGCAAGAACAACGCGGGCACGAAGCUCUUCGCGAUCAGCGGCCACGUGAACAACCCCAUCGUCGUCGAGGAGGAGAUGUCGAUCCCCUUCCGCGAGCUCAUCGACAAGCACUGCGGCGGCGUCCGCGGCGGCUGGAACAAGCUCCAGGCCGUCAUCCCCGGCGGGUCGUCCGUGCCCGUGCUGCCCAUCGAGGAGUGCGAGGAGGCGCUCAUGGACUUCGACGACCUCAAGGCGCGCGGGUCCGGCCUGGGCACGGCCGCGGUCACCGUCAUGGACGACACCGUCGACAUGAUCGCGGCGAUCCGGCGCCUCGCACACUUCUACCGCCACGAGUCCUGCGGCCAGUGCACGCCCUGCCGCGAGGGCACGGGCUGGCUCGAGACGAUAUUGGAGCGCAUGGAGGUCGGCGACGCGGACGUCCGCGAGAUCGGCAUGCUCGACGAGAUCUCGCGCCAGAUCGAGGGCCACACGAUCUGCGCGCUCGGCGACGCCGCGGCCUGGCCCGUCCAGGGCCUGAUCCGCCGCUUCCAGCCCGUCAUCGAGGAGCGCAUCGCCGACCCCCAGGGCUUCGACUUCGAGGCCCACUUCCAGCACGCGUGGAGCGGCGAGAAGUUCAAGAACGCGGAGUGGACCAAGGAGUUCGGCGGCGGCAAGGACCAGGAGGUCGACCCGGGCGCCCACACGAACAUCAUCCGCCCCCUCCUCGAGAACUGA